AUGAGGUUCUCAACGGUGUUACUCACUGUCCUCGCGCCCUUCAGUCUUGCGGCUCCCGAGGGACCCAAGACUGUUUCUGCACCUGAACUAUCUGGACAAUUGGUUGAGCUUUUGGAGAAGCACAACCUCGCUCUUGUUCCUCGGUCUGAACUCACAGAUGCGCUAAAGGAGCUCAACACACUUCUCAAGAGCAACACAUUUCCUCGCGCACCUGUUCUUAUCAAACGACAAAACAACACCGCCAAAGCAGGCUCAAAGGGCUCCGGCUCAGACUCGGAAUCAGAUGAUUCUGAUUCUGACUCAGACUCUGGUGGCAGCAGUCGAAUCGUUUCAAUUCCUGGACUAGAUGGACUUGGAGACCUCGGCGAUGGCCUCAAGGGCUUGACCGAUGCUCUCGGCGACCUCGGCGACCUUGUCAAGGCUCUCGGGGGUCUCUUAACCCCCGAGUUCCUCCAGGCCUUCCAUGAUGCUAUGGUCUAUCUCGCGGCUACUCUGAAGCCUCCAGCUCCCAACCAGGUCAGAAACCUUCUCGCCAAGGCCGGACCUCUCUUGGACCUGGUUGCAGAGCUCAACCUCAAAGACCUGGUCGACCAGAUCAAGGAUGUCGACAUCGCUGGUAUUGUCGGCAAGGUGCUCAAGCUCCUUACAGACGACAACCUCAAGAACAUCAACGGCCUACUCACAAACGGCGCAUCCUUGUUGACACCCGAUUUCGUCAAGCAAACCAAGGGACUCAUCGGCGACGUCUCGCCUCUUCUUGAUGAACUCUCUCCUCUCCUCAAGAAACUCACCGGUCUCGACCUCGAGGGCAUCCUUUCAGCCCUUGACCCUCUUCUCAAGAAGGAAUCCAUCCAGGGCAUUGUCACGCUACUUAAGAAUGCCGGCGACCUUCUGACAGCCAAGACCGUGGAUGAGAUCCAAGGUCUUCUUGGCGAAGUCGCACCCAUCAUCAAAGACAUCGCUCCUUUGUUGGAAGAGUUGACGAAGCUCAACCUUGAAGAGGUCCUGAAAUCGCUGCAGCCGCUGCUCAAGGACGACUCCAUCAAGGGCAUUUUGGGCCUAUUGAAGAAUGCAGAGACUCUACUCACGCCCAAGUUUGUGGACCAGACGCAAGAUCUGAUCGGCGCAGCUUCACCAUUGAUCGACAAGCUGAACGACGUGGACCUGAAGGGCGUCCUCGACGCUUUGAGCCCCAUUCUCAAGAAGGAGGCUAUCCAGGGACUCGUUGGACUAUUGAACAAUGCAGAAGAUUUGUUGACCAAGGACACCGUCAAGAGCAUAAAGACGCUUCUCACUGAGGCAUCUCCUCUUAUUGAGAAGCUAUCAGACAUCGAUCUUAAGGGUGUACUAGAUGCAUUGAGUCCUAUCCUCAAGAAGGAGGCUAUUCAGGGUCUCGUGGGACUUCUGAACAACGCCGAGGAUCUCCUGUCUAAGGAGACCGUCAAGAGCAUAAAGACACUCCUCAACGAGGCAUCCCCACUCAUCGAGAAACUAUCGGAUAUUGACCUCAAGGGUGUACUGGAUGCGUUAAGCCCAAUUCUCAAGAAGGAGGCCAUCCAAGGUCUUGUUGGUCUCCUGGGCAAUGCCGAGGACCUUCUGUCGAAGGAGACCGUGAAGAGUAUCAAGACGCUCCUCAAUGAGGCAUCUCCACUCAUCGAGAAGAUCUCCGACAUUGACCUCAAGGGCGUCUUAGAUGCUUUGAGCCCUAUUCUGAAGAAGGAGGCUAUUCAAGGUCUUGUGGGUCUCUUGGGCAACGCCGAGGAUCUGCUAUCUAAGGAAACCGUCAAGAGCAUCAAGACUUUGUUGUCGAGCGCUUCGCCCUUGAUUGACAAGCUGUCUGAUCUCGACUUGAAGGGUAUUCUCGACGCCUUGAGCCCGAUCCUGAAGAAGGAUGCCAUUCAAGGUCUCGUGGGUCUUCUGAACAACGCAGAAGACUUGCUUUCGAAGGAGACCGUCAAGAACAUCAAGUCGCUGCUUUCCAGCGCUGGUCCACUCAUCACCAGCUUAGGUAAGAUCGAUCUUGCAGGCGUGCUUGACUCGCUCGCCCCUCUGUUGACCAAGGAAUCUAUGAAGGGUAUCGUUGGUCUUUUGGGCAAUGCCGAGGACCUUCUCACCAAGGACUUUGUGGUAGACACCAAGAAACUCAUCUCCAAUGCUAGUCCGCUGUUGGUGGCCUUGGGCAAGAUUGAUCUCAAGGGUCUUCUGGAUGCGCUUUCACCUCUGCUUACCAAGGAUUCAAUCAAGGGAAUUGUCGGUCUUCUUGGCAACGCCGAGAACCUUCUUACCAAGGACUUUGUGUCUCAGACCAAAUCUUUGAUCUCCAAGGCCUCGCCUCUUCUGGAUAGCUUGGACGACGCUGAUCUGAAGGGAUUGUUGGAUCAGGUCGGACCUCUUCUGAAGGCGGUCGGUAAGCUGAAGCUUGAGGAUAUCCUGAGUGCAGUGCAACCACUCCUCACCAAGGAUUCUAUCAAGGGUAUCGUUGGUCUUUUGGGCAAUGCCGAGAAUCUGCUCACCAAAGACUUCGUUUCCCAGACCAAGUCUUUGAUCUCCAAGGCUUCCCCUCUGCUCGACAGUCUCGACAAAGCAGAUCUUAGUGGCUUGCUUGAUCAAGUCGGUCCCUUGCUGAAGCAGGUCAGUAAGCUCAAGCUGGAGGAAAUUCUCAGUGCUGUGCAGCCACUCCUCACCAAGGACUCGAUCAAGGGCAUAAUCGGGCUGCUCGAUAAUGCCGAGGACCUCUUGACCAAGGACUUUGUGUCACAAACGAAGGGGCUCAUUUCCAAGGCAGCACCUCUUCUCAAUAGCUUGGCCAAGGCCAACCUCGAAGACUUGCUUGAUCAGGUUGGCCCACUCUUGAAGAUGCUCGGCAAGCUUGACCUUGAGGGACUACUCGGCGCUGUGGCACCACUGCUCACCAAAGACUCAGUUAAGGGUAUCGUGCGACUACUGGAUAACGCUGAAGACCUGUUGACCUCCAAGUUUGUCAACGAGACUCAGACGCUGAUCACUGGUGCUGUUCCACUGAUAUCCUCACUGGGUGAGCUCGAUCUUCCUGAUUUGAUCGAUCAACUUUCGCCUCUGCUGAAGGAGAUUGGAAAGAUCGAUCUUGCGAAGCUCGUUAAGAAGGUUCUACCACUGCUUGAUGAGAUCAGCGACUUGGACAUCAAGGGUCUGUUUGACGCCAUUGCACCGCUACUCUCACCAAAGGGUGUCAAGGGCAUCAUUGACCUACUUGGCAAUGCUGAGGACCUUCUCACACCCAAGUUCGUCAAUCAAACACAGACACUCAUUGAUGAAGCUGUACCAUUGGUAUCGGCUCUUGGUGACCUUGAUCUCAAGAAGCUCAUCAAGCAGCUACAACCUCUCCUUGAAGCCUUGGGCGAGAUCGAUUUCCAAGAUCUCAUCAAGAAGGUCAAGCCACUCCUCAAUGCACUCAUGAAGAUUGACCUCGUCAAGCUUAUUGGCAAGAUCGUCCCAUUGCUUGAUACCUUGGACGAUAUCGAUCUUGAGGGCUUGAUCAAUGCUAUCAAGCCUUUGUUGACACCCAAGUCCAUCAAGGGAAUAAUAGGUCUUGUCGACAAUGCUGAGGAUCUUCUCAGUGACAAGUUCGUCAACCAAACGCAAACGCUUAUAUCAGGCGCAGUACCUUUGAUCGCGGUCCUGAACAAGGUUGACAUUGAGGGUCUGUUCGAGAUCAUCGAGCCUCUGUUGGAGGAACUCGAUGGCAUCGACCUUUCCGGACUCAUUGACGCUGUGAAGCCUCUCCUCUACGCACUGAAGAAGAUUGAUGUCAAGGGUAUUGUGGAUCAGGUUCUGCCAUUCCUUACGCCCAAGUCCAUUAAGGGCCUUCUAUCACUGGUGGGCAACGCCGAGAACCUUCUCAGCAAGACAUUUGUGAAUCAAGUAAACGAGCUCAUUGGAGAUGCGACACCGCUUGUUGCGACAGUGGCAGAUCUAGUACACGCAAUUCUGAAGGAGCUUAUGGGCCGCACAUAA